GUAAGGCGGCAUGGGAAUGUGAUGACCCGGAAGAGACGUUCAGCGUAGAUUCUGCAAACAGCGUGUGCGGAUCAGGCGCGGGAGACCCAGCUGUAGAUUCGUCACGAUCCAACCAAUUGAACACAAACGUUUAGAAAUUUUCUUGUUAAUCGUUUCAAAUCCAUUGAUUGUAUGGACUGUUGUAAUCCUUUGCAAUUCCUGUCUUAAACUCAACUAUUGAAUAAAAGAAUCCUAAUAAAGGAAUUUCUGUUAUUGUAGAAUGAGUCAAGAGUCUGCCCACGGACAAGGCAACAACAAUGAGCACGUCAGUGUUCACACUGAAGCAUCUAGUUUCACCCCUCCCAUCAAAAAUGAACCUGUCAAUCAACAAAAUGUUGGGAAUAACCCAAACGCUGGUGGUCAACCCGACCUUGUGAUCCCAACUUUUCUGGCUAAUGUGUUACAACAAAUAGCCAACGCGCCAAUGUUUCAACCACCUCCACCACCGCCACUUCGAGUAAUAACCUACAAAACUUUAAGGGAUAACGGUGCAGAAUUAUUCCUUGGGGAUCGCAUCGGUGAACCCCAAAUUGCGUGGGAUUGGAUCGAGCACACUGCUCGAGUGUUGAAGGACCUCAACGUACCUCUGGACAACUACCCGCGACUGGCUUCUCAACUGCUGCGCAAUGAAGCCUAUGAGUGGUGGAAGAGAACCGAUGAGAGUGCGGGAACCCCUAAGCCGUGGACAUGGACACAUUUCGAUUGGGCAUUCAAGCAAGAAUACAUUCCGAAACGUUUUAGUGAGGAAAAACGUAAGGAAUUUGUGGAGCUGGAACAGGGAAACAUGACACUCCCUGAAUACCGUCAGAAGUUCACCAAACUUGCAAAGUUUGCACCAACCUUGGUGAGUACCCCAGCCGAUCACAUUAAGGAAUUCAGGACGAAACUUCGACAUGACCUGAGGUCACGUGUGUCCGUCCUAACCACCGUGGACUUUGCAGAGGCCUACGAGAUUAUAGCCAGGGCAGAUAGUGACCUGAAUGCUUGCAUAGAGUACCUAAAGGCAAACAAUGCUGGCUCAAGCACUCACCGUCCCACUAACUCUGUCUCAAAAGGAAAAAGGCCAUUCCAGGAACCUAGUAGUUCACAUUUCUCUAAAAAGGGAAAGUCUGCACAAACCCAGUCAAUGACAUUCGGUAAUAGGACUAAGGGGUGGAAAAAUCCACAAUGCGAUAAAUGCAGAAGACACCACCCUGGGGAAUGUUGGCUUACACAAGGAUUAUGCCUCGACUGCGGAAAACCUGGACAUUUCAAAAAGGAGUGCCCUACAAAUCCUGGAGAACCAUUUCCAUCUGCCCCCGUUGUUAGCCAGUCUACAUCAGCACGACCUGCACCAAGUCAACGGUCAACUGCGGGAUCUAAUCCUGCUAAAAGUCAAAACAAACAGCAAGGACGAGCUCCUGCCCGUACCUACGCAAUGAAAGCACGAGCUGAGGAAAACCCUGACGUCAUUCAGGGGCAUCAGUUCUCUGCCAAUCUUGUCGAAUUACCGUACAAAGAAUUUGACAUCAUCCUCGGAAUGGAUUGGCUCACCAAACACCAAGCAGUUAUCGAUUACCGACAACGAACGAUUCAACUAAAGUCUGGAGAGGGAAAAUCUAUAAAGGUGAAAGAGAAGCUAAUACCUAAAUCCACUGAAUUCAUCUCGGAGACCACGAAGCAUUUGAAGGACGAGUUGGUGUUGGGAGACUGGUGCAUCAACAUCAUCCAGCCAGUCGGCAAGAUUCUGCAGUUGUUGGCAAUAGGCUGCCAUAGUGGAGUUGCCCUUGACUGUCGUGCGAAAUUCAUGUUCCAAUUGCAUAGCUCGAGCAUGUUUGUUGUCGUGGAACAAGUCGUGGAUGACUUUCCAGAGAGCAGAGGCAGUAGAGACAGAGGAGAUGACCAGAUCUGAGACCUCAUCGGUGAUGGUGGAGAGGAUCCAACCCUGGAGGAGAGCGUCGAGUUGGAACCAUUCGUCGUCAUCAUCAGAGAGGGGGACGACGGAGCCAUCGAUGUAGCCCUUGAGAUCUUUAAGGAUUGUUAAAAAGAAUGGAUUGUGAUGGAUUUGUAACAUCAAGUAUAAAUAAAAAAGUUUCUCCAAAUCCAACUAAAGGGCAAGGGAUUUUGCGUGGAAUCUAAAAGAUCGUCUUCUUCCGGCCCUCUUCUUCUGGAUCGCCUCAGCUCCUACAUCAGUGAAUCUUCUUCUCUUCCGGCAAGAGCUCAUCAUCUCGAUCUCCUCCGUCCUCAAUCGUUCAGGACAUAGGAAAACAGAUAGAAUGAUGUGACGCAUUCCUAACGACAGAUGGGGCGAGAUUGUUAGAAAGGAUGUGAUAGCUUGAAUUGAUAUUUCAAAAGACAUUAAUUGAUCAUUUGUUAUUGUGAUGUGAUAUUUCUCAUUACGCUUCUGCAACAUUAAGUACUCUGUUACUAUUUUGAAUAAUUUAUUAUGAAAUAAAGUUCGAAAAUGUUU